AUGAGGUCUUCCAGUUGGGCGCCUGCGAGCGCUGUCGUCGCAAAGACCGCGACCGACUCUUCCUCCAACACGGCGAGUGCUCUCAUUGUGCACUCUGUGGCCGAGUACGUCGUGCGCCGCCAUCACGUGAUUCCCAUCGUGUGGGACGACAUGUUGCGACAGAUGACGACAGACGUCGUGCGCGAGUCGGGCCUCCCGGCGCUCGGCGUCGAACUCAUGGUCUGGUCGUACGUCAAAGACAUCUACCGUUUCAUUCCGUACUCCCAAUGGACGCAAUUCGCCGCUCUCUUUCCGCGCGUUUGGAUCGCCUCCGCCUUCAAAGGUGCCUUCGGAGAGACGCUGACGGUUCCGAACGCACGCUGGCAUCUCGAAAACAACAUGGCGUGGCUGUCGGUGGCGCGCGAACAACGCUCCCAUUUCGCCGAAGUCCGCGGUCUCGUGCUCACGGGUUGGCAGCGCUAUGAUCAUUUGGCGGCACUUUGCGAACUGCUUCCGGCGGCCAUCCCUUCGCUCGCGCUUUCGCUCAUUUCCGUCACUUUCGGCGCCUUUGACUCGAAA